CUUUCAUUUCUAGUUGUUCUUUGCUUCGUGUGAUUGGUUCUUUGUUUUGUCUGAGAUUCUUUUUGGUUUCCCCGUUUUUGUGUUUCACUUCUCAGUCCCUGUUGCUUAGCUGCUCAUCGGUGCCCUCCCCCCAUCCUUUUUUCUUCUUUGCUGUUCCAUCCUGUUGCUGAAGCAAUGAUGGGUGGCAUUCGUUCGUGGGUGCCAUUGUCCAGCAUCAGCAGCAGCAGCAGCAGCAGCAGCAACGGUGGCAACAACAACAACCAGGAGUGCGAAACGGACGCUCGAUGGCCGGUCGUCGCCCAAGCGUCCUCGCUGUUCCUGCCACGCUACGACCGAUGCACUCAUCAGUCCAUGCAAAAGCAGAAGCAGCAGAGUCCGAGUCAACGUCAUCGCUGGGCCAGAGCCGCCGCUGUCAUGUUUGUCGCCGCGCUGUUUGCGGUUGCCACUUCGCCUUUGCUGGUUGCCAUAACGCGCCCUCCACCGACCGGCACUUCCGCGACCACGACGCCGAUGACGGGCGACCAUCGCACUGAAGUUGUGACGGCGUACUCCAGCGAUCGAACGCAGCGUCCGGAGCAACAGCAGCAGCAGCAUCAUCAUCAACAUCAGCGGCGUGAGGCGAAACUGACAACCAAGUUGGGUUCGGCGCUCGAGCAGCAGCAACAGCUCCCCGGCGCAAGGUCGCGUCGCACGCCCCUUGUCAUGCAUGAUAAACUGACGUCGGAUGCAAACAUCCAGGAAAUGCAACAACAACAAGAAGAUGUCGAUUCACAGGUCGCGCUCGCAAGCGCAGGCUCGGCUGACCCGCACUACCAACUGACCGAACCGCUCAGCUUGAGCAUCUCGUCUCAGCCGAUUGACUUUUACGAUGACUAUGAAAGCCUCGCAGUCAUGUCCUUCGCAGUUCCGGCUGGCCUCGCAUCUGCCAUCAUUUUUAUCGACCUCUCUGAUUCCAGCAACCCGACCUUCUGUCAAUCGACCGUGCAGCUCUGGAUGCGGCGCGGAGCGUUGCCAAUUCCUGCCCCAGCUUAUGGCGGACUGUACGACAAGGAGUGGAUUAUCCAGCCGCGUGGCGUUCUGACAAUCCAACUCGAUUCACCAGCGCCGGGCGAGUACUUUUUCGCUGCCACUCUUCCGACAGGGGAUCUUCAGACUGGGAGCGACUCCAACUCUCAUUCUUGCUCUUACGGAGCGACCGUUUCGUUCACUCGCUUGAGCCUGGCUUCCAUCACAACUGUGACACCAUCAGGGUCGGCAUCCGCAACCUUUUCUACGACUGCUGCCGCCGUAACAACUGCCACGAGCGUGUUCCGCUUUCUCCCUUCGGAUGCUGCAUGGGGCGCGAGCAUGAACAUUUCAGUAUCAUCGACUGUGACUGGACCUGUGUGUACCUCUCCUGCCAACCUGACCGUCUCUCUGUUCAGUCCGACCCAGCCGGGCCUGCCAGAUGCUGUCUCUGGCGCCAACUUGUACGACUCGCGCACGUGCCAACUCGCGCGGCUCGGCCCCAACGGAGCUCUCCUUGGCGUCCAGUGCAAUGUCGCGGAUCUUGCGUUAACGGAUUUUACGUACGCCUACAGUUAUGUGCGCGUGACCAUUCAAGGCGCGUGCACGGGCGAGUCCUUUACGGCGGAUUUGCAGAUCGGCUCUCUCGCAUGCAGCAGCAGCCUGCUCACGGGCCCGGGCUGCCUCAGCCAAGUCGUGCCACUGUCGCCAUUCGACUUUCCAUGGGCCACAUACGGCACGUUCUUUUUGCCAAGUCGCACCGUCGUUGUCGUUCCGGACGUGAUGACCUUGUUGCCGCUCAACAACCAGCUUGCGCUGCCAACACUCAACUUUCAAGUCGCCGGGUCGCUUCUCUACCAGAACGCCGCUCUUGCGGCUCCCUACAAGGUGUAUCUGCGCACUGGCGUCCCGCCAACAUCGACUGCUUACGACUCCGUGUUUGAGCUGACGAGCGUGGGCGGCACCUUUGACAUGCCUUUUGUUGUCGCUGGGAUGACCUACAUUGGCGUUUUCCUCAAUUCCUCCGACUCGCCACCGCUCAGUUCAACCGUUACCUAUCAAAUCCAAGUCUCGCCAGUCGAUUGUCUUCAAUCUUGCUCCCACGGAACGUGCACUCUCGACACCUUUGGAGCUUCGCUCGUUUCCUAUUGUUCGUGCAAUCGACCCUAUUCUGGCUGGUCUUGCGAUGAAAUUGAUGAUUACUCGGCCUAUAUCGGGUACAUGUUUUUCUUAACGGUGAGCAACCUGGCGUUUUUGCCAGCCAUCAUCGUGAGCAUCCGACGAAAACUCUGGACAGAGUGUGUCGUGUACACCUUUACCAUGUUUGGUUCAGCAUUUUAUCACAUCUGCGAUUCCAACAUUAGCUUGUGCAUGUAUCCAUACGACGCGAUGGGCGUUGCUGAUUUUUACGGCUCGUAUGUCUCGUUCUGGUUUACGUUCAUCUACUUGGCGCGCCUUGUGUCGCCCUGGAAGCACGUUCUUCAGAUUAUGGGCAUGCUCGGCUUGUUGAUUGGUGUCACUGUCGAUCGAUUCUCGGCCAUCAAUCUGGCGGUUCUGGCUGCUGUGGGCGUUGCCUUGAUUGUCUUCACAUGGGUGCGUAUGUGUCGCGCUGCACAUGUGCGGUGGAUCAAGUACUUUAUCUGGUGGCGCUUGGCAGUCGGCUUGGCCAUCGCCAUUGUUGGUCUGUGCAUCUUUGGUUUCGUCCAGACAGAUAGCAACUAUGGAUGGACACACAGCCUCUGGCACAUUUGCAUCAUGAGUUCAGUGUUCUUUUUGCUCAUAUCGUUGUACGAGCCCCCGGAUUUGGCGGUUCAAGUCGACGAGAUGCGACGUCGGAGUGUUCACACUCAAGUCAAGCCGGAGGAAGAGCAGUCUCAGCUUUAG